AUGUAUGUGAAAUGGUUUGAUACAGGAAUGUUUUACUAUGUGAUUUUAGUGUAUUUAGUGAAUGUCACUUUUUGUCAUUUUCAAAUUUCCUGCCGUUCCAUCCCCCGUAGGUCCUGACGCUCGCAGGGGACGGAACCCAGAUGACAGAUGCCGGCAUCCGCCGGAUUACAUUGCUGGGGACACUUCAGGAGGGACAUCGCAGGAGCGCAGGACAAGGUAAGUGAUCGAGAGAUCGUGGAGCAGCGCCGCAUGGUAAGCCCAAGUGUAGCUCGGGGUUACCGCUUGUGCUACACUCGGGAAUACCGCCAGGGAGGCUAC